AUGCCCAUCAGAAAAAGAAAAGUAAAUAAAGUCAGCCAAAACCAAAAGGGGAGAGCUACUUCUUUGGUUCAGCAGAAGGUUAAACCUCAACUCUCAGGGAAAUUUCACGGCUCCCAGCGACUAAUAAAAAAAUAUUCUUUUGCUGACCUCGAGAGAUUAAUCAAGCAGGCUCAGCAAGCCAAAAAAAAAGGUCGUGCCAAAUUAUUAGCCAACCAACAAAAAUACCGCUUAAAAAAACAAGCCGCUCUCAGGGUUCAACAAGCCAAAGCAGCCAGUCGCGAGCAAAAAACCCAACGCCUAAAACAAAUCUACUCUUACUUCCAAAAAGAAUUAAACAAACAAGACCCCAAACAAUCCCCUUAUUACUCGCCCCACUUAGACCUACCCCCUCACUUAGCCCAAGAAUUUGGCUCUAAAUAUACUGUUUAUAAAUUAAAUAAACAAGGCUCUUCUUACUUAUUAAAACAAACCAAUCAAGCUUAUCAAGAAGAACUUACCUCUCAAUCUAAUCAAAUCCGCUACUGA